CAAGUUGCAAAGUCCAAUCAUUCUCCUCAACGUGGGACCCUCCAUAAAGUAUGAUGUUACAGCUACUCUGGAUUAAGAAUGGAAACUGAUCUCAACUACUACUUCAAGUCUUCAACUCAGAAGCUGGGAAGUUCAAAUCCAUGCAGCAUAAGAGAGAAGAGAGAAGAGAGAAGAGAGAAGAGAAAAGAGAGUAUUGGGUAACCAAAUUUGGGUUGGCUGGUGAGUGAUGAAGACUUUUCCUUUUAUGGAAAAGGAGAACCAAGAAGAACAAGAAAACCAGGCUAUGAUGAGAUCCAGCUCUAGGUUCAAACGUGUCUGCGUUUUUUGUGGGAGCUGCCCAGGCAAGAAACCCAGUUAUCAGGUUGCUGCAAUACAACUUGGGAACGAACUGGUUGAAAGGAACAUCGACUUGGUUUAUGGGGGAGGCAGUGUACGUCUGAUGGGUCUCGUCUCCCAAGCAGUUCACAAUGGUGGUCGCCACGUGUUAGGGGUAAUCCCCAAGACCCUCAUGCCUAAAGAGAUAACUGGAGAAACUAUUGGGGAAGUGAAAGUUGUGUCCGGAAUGCACCAGAGAAAAGCCGAAAUGGCUCGUCAGGCUGAUGCUUUUAUCGCCUUGCCAGGUGGAUAUGGGACAUUAGAAGAACUUCUGGAAGUGAUCACUUGGGCUCAAUUGGGAAUCCAUGAUAAGCCGGUGGGGUUGUUGAACGUCGAUGGGUAUUACAACUCGCUCUUAUCUUUCAUAGACAAAGCAGUGGAUGAAGGCUUCAUUACGCCGGCAGCCCGUCACAUUAUUGUUUCUGCCCAAACAGCCCAUGACCUUAUGUCCAAGCUUGAGGAAUACACCCCCAAGCACAAUGGAGUCGCAUCUAAGCUGAGUUGGGAGAUGGAGCAACAGUUAGGAUACUCAACCAAGUCAGACAUCGCCCGUUGACUGGACCCUCACAUAUGCUCUCCUCAUUGCUUGGAUUAACGACCAUAGAUCACACAUGCAAACUCCAACAGGCCAUGCAUUUUUAGUCUUAAAAUGUGACUCCACACUUAUUCUCAUAGAUAUACACACCAAUGUCCUUGUAGUCCAUGUGGAUAUUUUCUUUUGUAAUCUCAUUCUCAUCUUGAAAGCACAAUUCUUGUCAUUUCCUCAUUUUCAUUAUUCCUCCAACUGUACACAUUUAAUAGGUUCAAUGCUUGAUACUUGUCCCAUUCACUA